CGGUGUCCCCCCCCCCCCCUCAGCGGUGCACGUGACGACUGAGCCCCAGAUGUCGCGCGCUUCUGUCCGGAGGGGACGAGGUGGACCAGGCGUCUGAUCUCCUGCUUCUCUUUGGACUUUGAUUCCACAAACUUGCUCAACAUGCAUCAACAGCCACCUGAGCGACCAAUCACCGACCCCCCACCCCAGCCCUUCCAAACUCCCCCACCUCCCUCCCUCCCUCUCUCUCUAUGACGUCAGAGACUGUCUUCCUCAGGAAAGGGAGGAAAAGAAUCGGGAUCGCAGAGCGGGAGCGCGCGUGCGUGUGAGCGCUCGUCUGACAGGAAAGAAACAGAAAAGCCGCAAAGAGGAAAGAAAAGGCGGAUAAGGGGCCGAGAGAAAGAGCGCGACUUCCCCGACUUCCUCGGCGGAGGCUCGAACAUGGACGCUGGAACUUUGCUGCUCCCUCUGCUCCUGCUCUCCCCGGGACUGGCGCGCGGCGGCGCGGAGCCGUUCAGAGCCUGUCUCACCACCGAGUCACCUGACUGCGGCCUGCUGCAGGCCACGGACGACGACUGGGACUGGGAGCGGGGCGACGGCCGCACCUGGCCCCCGGCAGGCCCCGCCUCCUUCCUCUACGUCAACACGUCGGCCCUGGCGCCGGACCAGCGGGCGCAGCUGCUCCUGCAGCCUCUCCGAGAGAACGACACUCACUGCAUCAGUUUCCUGCUGUAUCAGGCCGGGGGUCGUGACCCCGGGGCCACACUCAACGUUUACGUCCAAGAGAACAACGGUCCUCUGGGACUUCCUGUCUUCAACUGGUCCGCCCCCACCUACGACACCUGGAAGGGGGUGGAGCUUGCCGUCUCCACAUUCUGGCCCAACCAUUACCAGGUGGUGUUGGAGGCGGUCAGCAGCGGUCAGAGAGGCAUCCUCGCCAUUCGAGAGCUGAAACUGCAGGGACACCUCUGCAGUGGAAGCCCUCACUUUCUGCAUAUCAAAGGUGUGGAAGUGAACGCCGGACAGAAGGCAACAUUUCAGUGCACAGUCAGCGGACGGCCACAAGGCCACCUGCAGCUCCACCUGCAGGGCAUGGGGGGGCAGUACGCCCCGCUCACGGAGACCAAGCCGGUCAAUUCACGGCGCUACGUUGCCACUUUUGAUGUGAAAAACGCCACCAAGAACGACUCGGGCAAGUUUCGCUGUAUCGGCCAAUCGGAGCGAGGAGUGGGCGUGUCUUCCUAUGCUGAGCUGACGGUCAAACAGCCUCCAGUGCCAAUUGCACCUCCACAGCUGAUGGCUGUUGGCGCCACCUACCUGUGGAUCCAGUUAAACGCCAACUCCAUCAAUGGUGACGGUCCGAUCGUCGAGCGAGAGGUGGAGUACCGAACGAUGGCUGGAAUGUUGAUCGACAUGACGCCGGUGGACAAAGCCACUCACAAGGUGGGUCACCUGGACCCUGACACCGAGUACCAGAUCAGUGUGCUGCUGACUCGCCCGCUGGACGGAGGGACAGGGGAGCCGGGGCCCCCGCUGAGGGCCAGAACCAAGUGUGCCGAACCCCUGCACGGUCCUCGACACCUCCAGGUGGUGGACACUCAGUCCAAAGAGGUGACGCUUCAGUGGGAGCCCUUUGGCUACAACGUGACUCGAUGUCACACCUUCAACCUCAGCGUGCAGUUCAGCUACACGCCAGCAGGGGCCGCCAGGCCGUUGCUGAGGGAGGAGCCGGUGCUCCACGGCCGGAGCCCUCGCCACACCAUCCGGAACCUUCCUCCCUUCACCAACACCAGCCUGAGGCUGCUGCUGAGGAACCCGGAGGGCCAGAAGGAGAGCGAGGAGCUGCUGGUGACCACGGACGAAGACGUUCCCGGGCCGGUGCCGCUGGAGUCCGUCCUGGGCAGCAGCUACGAGCAGCAGAUUGGCCUGAGCUGGUCCGAGCCGCUGCAGAAGUACGGCACCAUCCGGCAGUAUGAGAUCUCUUUCAAGGCCCUCAGCUCCUUCGACACGGAAUUUGAUCUGGCCAAUCAGAGCGGACGCGUGAUCAAAAUGGCCAAUGAGACGAGCCACUUGUUCGGCGGCCUCCUCCCCGGCUCCACCUACUCCUUCGCAAUAAGAGCCUCGACCGUCAAAGGGUUUGGGCCCCCGGCGGCCUCCCAGUUCACCACCAAGAUCUCAGCUCCACUGAUGCCCUCGUACGAGCACGAGCCGCCGCUCAACCAGACGGAGACGUCGGUCACUGUUCUCCUGAGACCAGCCAAGAGCAGAGGAGCCCCGGUCAGUCAGUACCAGGUGGUGGUGGAGGAAGAGCGCCCCCGCAGGCAGGCGAGAGGUGCAGCAGAAAUCCUGCGCUGUUAUCCAGUGCCAGUCCACUUCCAAAACGCAUCGCUGCUAAACUCCCAGUACUACUUCACUGCCGAGCUGCCCAUGAGCCAGCUGCGAGUCCCUCAACCUUUCUGUGUGGGAGACAACAAGACCUACAGUGGUUUCUGGAACGUUCCUCUCUUACCUCACAAGAGCUAUGCCGUUUACUUCCAGGCCGUCAGCUCAGCCAACGGGGAGACCAAGAUCGACUGUGUCCGGGUGGCCACCAAAGCUGCCAUACUAGUCUCCCAACUCACCACACCGCACCUUGGUGUGGCGCCGGCCGGGGUCGACCAUAGGCCACCAGGCGCCGCCACCCAGAGGCCAGUGGCCGAGCAGGAGCAGCAGUCGGACCACACGGUGAAGAUCGCAGGAGGGCUGGCUGGAGUUCUGCUCUUCAUCAUCAUCUUCCUCGGAGUCGUCCUGCUGAUAAAGAAACGACGCGGACACUCCCAAUCCUACACUUACUACCUGAAGUUGGCCAAGAAAAGGAAGGAGACUCUCAGCUCCAGGCAGGAAAUGACUCUGAUGGUCAACAGCUCGCAACACACCACGCUGAUGGAGACACACACGCGCAGUCUGUCGUCUCCUUCCUCCUUCACUUUGAAGACAAACGUUGGUGCUCAGGCGUCUUACUUCCCAGAUCCAUUGGUUCCAACUGCAAUUCUGGUGCCUAUUAAUGACGACAGCCACACCAUGAGCAGCGAGACCAGCAGCCUGGUUCAGUCCCACUACCAGCAGCGGGAGGCGGAGCGGGAGGCGCCGCACUACCUGACGGGUCAGCUGCAUCCCGCCAUCCGGGUGGCCGACCUGCUGCAGCACAUCACGCAGAUGAAGUGUUCUGAAGGCUACGGCUUCAAGGAGGAGUACGAGUUGAACGAGGGUUUCUUUGAGGGUCAGUCUGCGCCCUGGGACUCGGCCAAGAAGGACGAGAACCGGCUGAAGAACCGCUACGGCAACAUUAUCGCCUACGACCACUCUCGCGUGCGGCUGCAGCCUCAGGAUGGAGAGAGCAGCUCCGACUACAUCAAUGCCAACUAUGUGGACGGCUACCAUCGGCCCAACCACUACAUCGCCACACAAGGUCCAAUGCAGGAGACGGUGUGUGAUUUCUGGCGAAUGGUUUGGCAGGAGAACACAGCUGUGAUCGUCAUGGUGACGAACCUGGUGGAGGUGGGUCGGGUGAAGUGCUGUAAAUACUGGCCAGAUGACUCCGACAUCUAUGGAGACAUGAAAGUGACUCUGAUCGAGACUCAGCUGCUGUCGGAAUAUGUGGUCAGGAGCUUCGCUGUGGAGAAGAGGGGCGUGGCUGAGAUCCGAGAGAUCCGGCAGUUCCACUUCACGGGGUGGCCUGAUCACGGGGUGCCACUUCACGCCACAGGCCUGCUGGGCUUCAUCCGCCGCAUCAAAGUCAAGACUCCGCCCAGCGCCGGCCCAACAGUGGUCCACUGCAGCGCGGGGGCCGGGCGGACGGGCUGCUACGUGGUCAUCGACAUCAUGCUGGACAUGGCCGAGCGCGAGGGUGUGGUGGACAUCUACAACUGUGUGAGGGAGCUGAGAGCACGGCGCGUCAACAUGGUCCAGACAGAGGAGCAGUACGUCUUCAUCCACGACGCCAUCUUGGAGGCCUGCCUCUGCGGCGACACCGCCAUCCCCACCAGUCAGCUGCGCUCCGUCUACUACGAGAUGAAUCGGCUGGACCCUCAGACCAACUCCAGUCAGAUGAAGGACGAGUUCAGGACGCUGAACAUGGUGACGCCCACGCUGCGUGUGGAGGACUGCAGCAUCGCCCUGCUGCCCAGGAAUCACGAGAAGAACCGCUGCAUGGACGUCCUGCCGCCUGACCGCUGCCUGCCCUUCCUCAUCACCAUCGAUGGAGAAAGUUCCAACUACAUCAACGCUGCGCUGAUGGAUAGCUUCAAGCAGCCCUCAGCUUUCAUCGUCACCCAGCAUCCUCUUCCAAACACGGUCAAAGAUUUCUGGCGCCUGGUUCUGGACUACCACUGCACGUCCAUCAUCAUGCUGAACGACGUGGACCCAGCCCAGCUCUGUCCCCAGUACUGGCCCGAGGACGGGGUCCACCGCCUGGGCUCCCUGCAGGUGGAGUUCGUCUCAGCCGAUCUGGAGGAGGACGUCAUCAGUCGCAUCUUCAGGAUUUACAACACGGCCAGGCCCCAGGACGGUUAUCGGAUGGUGCAGCAGUUCCAGUUCCUGGGUUGGCCCAUGUACCGGGACACGCCGGCCUCCAAGCGCUCCUUCCUGAAGCUGGUGCACCAGGUGAACAAGUGGCAGGAGGAGUACGACGGCGGGGACGGACGCUCAGUGGUGCACUGCCUGAACGGCGGCGGGCGAAGUGGAGUCUUCUGCUGCGCCAGUAACGUGUGCGAGAUGAUGAGACGGCAACGGACCUGCGAUGUCUUUCACGCCGUCAAGAGCCUGAGGAACAACAAGCCCAACAUGGUGGACCUGCUGGAGCAGUAUAAAUUCUGCUACGAAGUUGCACUGGAGUUCCUGACCUCUGCCUGAGCACAGCCUCCGUCCUGGGCAGCAGUUUGCACUGAGGGCGCCUCGCUCCCCACCGUCGGCAGCACAAGAUGGCGGCGGCCGCGUGACCUCUUGUUCUUUCAUGUGUUAUUUAAAUUUUGUGAAUCGCUGUUGUAAAUACGUCUCACCUGUAAAUGCGCAGACGAGUGACGGAUCCGUGGUGUCGGCCGGAGGUCACCACCCCGGACCAGCGUGCUCGCACCAGGGGCCUCACUACUGCAGAACCACAUGUAGAAAAGACGCGGCGCUGCGCUGGGCCUGCACAUGAGCUGGUGACGUGUAUCGCGCUCUGAGCAAAGACCCUCUGUGUUUCCAGAGCAACUGUUGGAGUCCUUACACCUGUGCACUUGUGUUACCAUGGUUACGCCAACGCUCCUUCGUUGAUGGCCUGUGUUCAUGAAAGUAUUUAA